AUGGAGAAGGGGGGUUCUGUCUUCUCAUCCAGGGUUUGGGGUAUAAAAAGGGGUUCGAAUUCCCGCUUUUUUUUUGGAUCUCGAGAAGCAAGAAUCAUUCUUUCAAACACACAAUCAGCCCGAAGAAACCUUACUUGCAUUCAAUUUGACCUGAACACAAUGCUUGCCAAACACGUCCUUGCUGUCCUUCUGUCUGUUGGCGCUUCCGCCAUUCCUUUCGACAAGCGAGAUGCAUCCGCUGUCCUCGCUGAUUUUAACACACUCUCAACCGACCUGUCGGCUCUCGGCUCUGCUAUUUCGAGCUUCGAUGGAACGCUCAAUGGUGCCUUGGGCGUCCAGCAGAAGGAAGGCCAAGUAGAGACGGCGUUGAAGCAAACCGUCAGCGAUGUGAAAGCGUCUACUGCGUUCAGUGCUGCUGACAGCACAAGCGUGACCAAUGCUGUGACUGGUCUGGAGCCUAGCAUUGUGAACGUUCUCAACGAUCUCGUUUCCAAGAAAUCCGGUUUUGACUCUGUUGGCGUUACCAGCAUUGUCGUAUCGGAUCUCAACUCCCUCCAUGAUCUUACUGGCCAGCUGUCAACUGAGCUCCAGUCGAAGGUCACUUCGGGUGACGCAUCCACUAUUUCUGAUGAGGCUGCGCGACUUGAUGCGGAAUACAAGAAGGCCAUCGCUGCCUAUUCCUAG